CAGACAGAGGAGCACCUGCAAACGUGAGAGUACAGCGGCUAGAUUGCCGCGUCGUACAGCGGUUGCAGGCUUUCGAAGGAGUAAAUUCAUCAUAAAUAUACGAGUUUUGCAAGGCGCUUGCCUCCCAGUCCUGGCAAAGCUGCUAUCUGCAGCUCCAUUGCCAUUUGCACAUCAUGCUUGCUGCCAUGGUAUUUGCCACAGUCGCGGUCGCGCUCGGACUGGCGCCGCGUGAGUCCCUCACUGGGCGGCGACCGAUGGCAGCCCCACGCUGCGGCGUCGUGCGGACCGGCGUCAGGCCGAGCGCCAGACGCUGCGGCGUCGCGAGGACCGGCGUUAGGCCGAGCGCCAGACGCCGCGGCGUCGUGCGGCCCGGCGUGGCCACGGACUACUGCGUGCAGACGCUCGGCUGCUCGCUCGAGGACGCCGUGAGGGCGGAGGCGAAGAUGCUGCCGCAGGUGGCGAACUCCGUGCGGCGCGAUAAGGCCGAGGUCGUCUGCGCCGAGCUGCGGGCCAAGCUCGGCCUCUCGGAUCACGAGAUGCGGAAGCUAGUCCUGCGCGUGCCGACGGUACUGACGCUCAACAUGGAUAAGAACGUCAAUCCAAAGCUCGACUGGCUGCAGGAGCGCCUCGACCUGAGCCGCGACGAGCUGAAGAAGAUCUGCCUCACGCUGCCGGCGACGCUUGCCUACAGUGUCGACAAGAAUUUGGAACCGAAGCUGUCCUACUUCGAGCACGAGCUCGGGAUGUCGCCGCGCGAGAUCCGGUCCAAGAUCAUCUCGAUGCCCGCCCGCCUGGGCUACAGCAUCGAGAAGCGCUACCGCCCGCGGCUGGCCGCCAUCCGCGCGACCGCCGGCGCGGACCCGGCGGCCGUCAUCGACCGGAUACGCGCGGCGGACGCGGAGUUCUGCAAACGGACCGGCGUGUCGAUCGACACGCUGCGGCGGGAGCAGGCGAGGGUAAGGCGACGAUAAUGUAGUCCCCCCGGCGGCGUCAAAACGGG